CGAGCGCAACCUCGUGAAUACGUACGCCGUGCGGAUCAGCCCGACCGAGUGACCGGCUCCUCGGCUCUCUUUGCACACUACCGCCGCGCGCGCGUAUAUUAUAUGCCGCUGCCGCUGCUGCUGCUGCUUCGCCGCGAACUAUAACCGCGAGUUUGCUGCUGCUCCGCUGCUUCCCCUACCUACCCUCAGCUCGAGAACAGCCGCGGCGGCUCACACGCCCUUUUCUCUUUCAUCGCGCGGCCUCUGACAGUCGAGCGCGCGAGCGCGCCCUUAUAUCGACGUGCUCCGUGCUUUCUCUGCAGUUUGCUGGAACGUAGACCGUGAGUAUUGUUAAACUGCAUGUACAUUGGAAAGCGAUCGAUUCGACUGUACAGCAAAGUGCCUCGUCGCGCAGUGCCAGUUGCGAAUAAGUGCGCGUGCAACGGCGCAGCCGUCGCAGGAGCUGUUCGCCGUCUGCCGUGUGACCGGCAAAUGACGAAGGGACAUCUCGCGAGCGAGUGAGUGCUGCAGUGUGACCCGCGCUCGACGGAGUGAGAGAGAGAACGUUUGUGUGCGCGCGCGAGAGGGAAAACCCGAGUCGUAGGCGGGGCCUAAGGACGACGACGCGCGGGGACGACACGUGACACGGAAACUGUCACGCCGCCCUUGCCUGCAGAGCAGCACAGUGUUCUCGUGUGUUCGCGAGUGUGAGUGUGUGUGCGCGCGUAUACAUAUAUACGCAGAGCGCGGCGGUGGCAGCAGCUCACCGGGGAAUCCCCUCUCCGCGCCUCUGCCUGGCGCACAUCCCCCUCUCUGCGUCGCAGCGCCACGGCCUAAAACCACCGCAGACAGCUCUCGUGCUCUCGUGAAAGAGCGAGACAGAGAGAUACCUGCCUCAGCAGCAAACUGUCGCUCGUGCAGCUCGACACCGCUGUUACUACUGAAAGGGCUCGGAGCAACUCGUGCGGCUCACGAUUCAUGGAUGAUUUUUUCAGCAGGCUCUGCCUGGGCAUUUCAUGAGUUUUAGUGACGCCAUCUCUUGCACCCAGUGACAUUCCCUUUGUGAAAAACUGAUGCUCGCGUGAAGAACUCCGCGGACAUCAAGCUGUCGGGCAGCGCGACUCUUGCUUCGGCGGGCGAUGUCAGCGACAACGGCGAGAUAUCCUCGAUGACGGCAGCGCUGAGCGGGCGCUCGGGAACCAUGCAGCAGACGAGUCUCGGUCGCACAGUGUCGACGCUCGGAGCCAUCAAGAGCGAGCACGACUGCGUUGACCUGGCCGAGAGCAAGGUCAGAAUCAAGCGAGAGAAAAGCCCCGCGGAGGAGCCGGCCUCGCUGCGGAAGCCCAAGCUGGAAGUGCGCGAGGAGUUUCGUCAGCAGUUCCAGCAGCACCAGCAGGCUGACGACGUCAAGUACGCGCUGCCCCAGGCCAACCAUAAAAACAACAGUUUGGAUCAGUACGGCAUCCCGUAUCCGGGUGGCUAUCGACAGGUCAAUCCCGCGGCAGGAGUUUUUCCCUCCUUCGCCGGCUUCCCGGCCUCGUUCUACGGACUGCCCCAGACGCCGCCGUCCUUCUCGCCAGAUCGUGCCUCAGGCGGCGUCGCGAAAAAUCGACCGGACGAGGCUUACAGGUCGGCCGACGCGUUCACUCGUCACGACCCGAGGUUCGAGGCCGAGUUUCACGCAAAGACUUACGCCGAGGGAUUUCAACCGACCCCUUACCCGGGAUUCAGGACGCUGUCGAUACAGCAUCAACAGAGAAGCUACCCCGAGCAGCAGAGGAACAGCAGUUACGGAAGACCGAGCUAUGCUGGAAAGCAGCGAAAGUGGAACAACAACGCGCUCAGGGCUGCUCUACAUCCACCUGCGCCGUGGUCCUCUUGGUACUUUCGACCAGAAUCGCCGUUCGCAACCGGGCCCUAUGAAAACCACGUUUUCAACUCGAACAAUAACGCCGACCUCUCACCUCUGACGAGACCACCGCAACUAGACCUGAAGAGGUUUGAAUCCGUUCCAGAACGAGCCAACAAAGUACACGGUCAGACGCCGACGAUAUGCACGUCGAUCAGAUGCACCGUCAACGGCUGUACCUGCGAGUCCUUCACACCUGGAAAGCGUCACCUGCGCUGCUGCGAAAACUGUCGUCAUGGAUGGGUCCCACAUGCGCUCGCGCGACUGUCAAGCAUCGGCCUCGAGGGUGGCGGAGCGGCUGGUGGGGAUGUCGCCUCCGGCCCACGUAGCAGCAGCGGCAGUAGGGGUGAGGACGAGGGUGGUGGUGGUGGCGGCGGCGGCGGAGGAGAGACGAGGAGUGGGGAGCUGCGGCGGCGAGCGAGCGGACUCGCGGAGAAGGAGGAGAGGCCACCGGCUUCAGAGACUGUCGAGCCGACGGCCGCGUUUGACGUCGCUUCUCUCGUGCUCUACGGAUCGCGCGCGCUGCCUAUCAGGCUUAAGAUUCUGCUCGAUCAGUUGUUCAACCAGUUGCCGCACGCGCAAGUGACCAGGCUCCUGGCUGCAUUCGGCUGGACUCACGAGGACUACACUCGCGGAUACAUACUGCAGGACUCGCAAAACGGCCCGGUGCUGGACCGAUGGAGCAUCUGCUCGGCUGAGGAGGAGCCGCUGGUUCUGCAGCAGUUCCUCAGAUUCGCCGAGACGCGUCCGUUCGUGCAACAGCUCCUGCUCGCCGCUGGUGGUGGUGGUGGAGCCGGAGCGAGUAAUCACAGUCACCAGGCUCAAGUCUCGAGCGCAUCCGGCCACGACGCGGAUGUUAUGUCACCGAGCAGGCGACCGUCGCCCCCGACGAUGCCGUUAGCCCAUCUGCCGCCUCCACUGCACCUGCUGCACUGUGGCCUGCCGCCUCCGGGCUCGAGACUGCCGCCGCCGCCCCAGCCGGCCCCGCUGCCGCCCCACUCGAUAUCCCAGCAGCACUCCUCGCUGCGCUCGCCCACUCCGCCCAAGCACCACCACUCAUCCGGCUACGGCUCCUCGAGUCGGCCGAGCUCGCCGCCGCCGCCGGUGCCCCGCAGUUUAGAGUCAGCCGCAGUAGCGGCCGCCGCGGCAGCCGCCUUCAGCUCGCCGCUCAACCGACUGCAGAACAUGCAGCCCUUCGACUUCCGCAAGCUCGGCACCCUCGGGCUGCCGACCUUCCCGCCGAUCCCGGCGCCGCCUGCCCCCAGCAGCAUCAACGUCAACGACCGACACUCGCCUCUCUCCUCGUCAACGACGCACGCCUCGCGCAAGUCCCAGUCCGGCCGGGUGCACUCCCAGAGCCCGCACAGUCCCGGCGGCCUGAGGCCCGGAGCCCAGCAGCAGCAGCAGUCGCCCGUCGCGCCGGUCUCGUCCGCGGCCUCGUCUGCGGCCUUCGGUCACUCGCUCGCCAGCGUCUCGGCCAGCUACCACGGCCACUACCCGCCUGCAUCCAUCAUGAGCAAGACCAGCAUGGCCAUGGCCGCCGCGGCUGCCAACCUCGACGCUCACAGCGCCGGCGAGAAGAGCAGCGAGUUCGGCAGCGACGACGACGACGAGCUCCUCGACGACGAGAACUCGGGCAGCGCCCUCAACCUCAGCAGGCGCGACUCCGGCAAGCUGUCCUCUUCCUCCGCGGCUCACCACGCCGCGCAGCAGGAGCAGCGACACGCCGCCGCUGCGCUGUCCUCCCAGCACGCGCCCCUCGGCAGGCCACCCGGCGUACCGGGACGCAAGCCGAACUCGCCCGGCAAGAAGCACCAGUGGGGCGCCUCGGCCAACAUCCCGCCGAACCUUGGCACGCCCUUCAUCAACCCGGCCACCGGCAAGAAGCGUGUCCAGUGCAACGUCUGCCUCAAGACUUUCUGCGACAAGGGUGCCCUUAAGAUCCACUUCAGCGCGGUCCAUCUACGCGAGAUGCACCAGUGCACGGUCAAAGGCUGCAGCAUGAUGUUCAGCUCGAGACGCUCGCGCAACCGACACUCGGCCAACCCGAAUCCCAAGCUGCACUCGCCGCACCUACGCCGCAAGAUAUCGCCCCACGAUGGCCGCUCGUCCAUGGCCCACGCGCUCGUACUGCCGCCCCACCAACCUGGGCUGCCCCUGCCGCCCAGCUCGCACCUCAAUCACCUGCCCUUCGGCUCGUUCCCGCUGCUGACGCCGCCGCCAGACCUGCGCUCGCCCGCCUCGCUCUGCGCCCUCGACUUCAAGCACCUCGAUCUCGCCGCGUCGCAGAACCCCGCACGCUCCUACGAGGAGGCCGUAGCUCAGCAGAGGAUGGCGGCGGCCGCCGCGGCUGCUGCUGCGGCAGCAUCCGCCUCGUCCGGUGGCUCGACCCUGCAAGCUUCUACGACCACCACGACCGUCAACAGCGGCUCGCUCUGCAGGACGUCAAGCGGAUCGAACGCCUCCGCGGUGUCGCCCAGCUCGCAAAAUCGCUCCGCAGCGGGCACCCUCGACGGCGAGGAUGACGACGAGGAUGACGAGGACGGCGGCAUAGUGGUGGUCGGCGACGAAGACGACGCGAGACUCAGGCAUGACGAAGAUGACGAGCAACCCGCCGACUUCAGUCUGGCCAAGCGGCCGAAGCUCUACCUGGCUAACGACGACGAUAUGGCCAGCAACGCCGACAGCAACGAGGACAACGACUCGAUGAACGCCGACCAGCACUCAUUCGCCAUGAGCGCCCACUCGCUCGGCUCGGCCUUCGCCGGCCAUCACAGUCGGGGCGUGCGCAAGCGCAAAUCCCAGCACCCGACGCGCUGCGCCGUGCCCGCGGAGGCUCAUUCUUCCUCAACCGACGGUGACUCGUCCAACGACGCCGUCUUUCAGGACCAGCCCGAGGACAUGUCCAUGUCGCGGCUCGAAGCGGAGGACCGCAAACACACACCCUCGCCUGCCGGCUCGCGUUCGCCAACCGACUCGCACCGCGACGCCGAAGAGCAGAAUGAACCGAGAGAUCUGAGCUCGCGCGCCAGCAGCGCCAGAUCGUCCAAGAGCCUGGCUAGCCCCGAGCCCAAGGAGCUUUGCGCCGAUCAGGAGUCCGCCCAGGAGCUCAAGAGGCGCAAGAUCUCCGAACAUUCGGAACACGACUCCAUCUCCGAAGAGGUCUCGAGGUCCAUCAAAGACGACCAACACCAGCAACCGGAAGAACGGGAUGAACGACCUCCCAGCAGUGGCAGCCGUAGCAGCCGCAAAGAGAAGGACGAACAGCCCAGCAGCAGCAGCGAAGCCCCAGCGGCGGCAGCCGAGGAGGAGGGCGAGGAGCCGCGGCGCAGUCAAGAAGGUGAGCCCACAACCUCCCGUGCCCCGAGCUCGAUCGACAGCCACCCGACCACUGCCGACGACCUAUCCCUCGACUCCUCGAAUGCUCUUCGUCAACUCGAGUCCUUGUCGCAGGGUCGCAUCACGCUGCCGUACGGCUUGGCGGCGCGGGAGGAGGAGGAGGAUCUGGAGGACGAAACUCCAGCAGAGGACCUACGCCGCCACCGCCACCACUACAACCACCAACAGCACCUCGAGGAGACGGAUUCGAUGCCUGGCCGUCGCUCUACCAGCCCCGAGGACCCGGGCCAGAGGCCGCCGCCGCAGCAGCUGCCGCAGUCGCUGCUGGACAGCAGCAUCCUGGACAACUCCUCUCAUGGCUCUCGCUCAUCCAGCGCCUCGCCCUCCACAGCGGCCAUGGAUACGGACAGUAACAGCCUGAUCGCUUACGCGCGCUACGAGAACGGCGGCUUUGUCGCCGUGGGAAGUGGGCCCGACGCCGUGCCUCUCGAUCGGGAGAACCCGCGACGCUGCACCGCCUGUGGCAAGCUCUUCCAGAACCACUUUGGCGUCAAGACCCACUACCAGAACGUCCAUCUCAAGCUCAUGCACCGCUGUAGCGUCGAGGGCUGCAACGCGGCCUUUCCCUCGAAGCGCUCGCGCGACCGCCACUCGGCCAAUCUCAACCUCCAUCGCAAGCUCCUGUCCACCUCGUCCAGCCCGCCACCACCCUCGCAACUGAUGCUGCCCGACGCAGCGGAUCCGGUCCAGCUGCUCAACCACCACCAUCACCAGCAGCAGCACCAUCACCAACAACACAGCGAGUUCUUGGCCCGGCUUUAUGCCGACGCCGGCAUGGGCUAUCCGCUGGACCUGGCUGCCGCCCGGAUCCCGGCGCCCCAUCCGCUACUGUUACCCGUAGGCUUUCCGGCCUUCGCCAGUCACUUUGGCCUUCAGCAGCACCUGUCUCGGAUGGCCGAUCUACAGUCCGCCGCAGCGCAGCCCGAGGCUAGCAAGGAGGAGGCGAGGUGCACGGUACCUGGUUGCGAGCGCAUCUUCACCUCGCGAGCCGUGAGGGACGCGCACGCUCGCGACCCCCAGGCUCACCGAGAACUCGGCUCGUGACCACUCUUCCCGGCGUUACGACUCCGGGCCCCGGAUUAUCCACUGCUGUGAUGCCAAAAGCGAGACGACAACGACGACGACGAUGAUGAUGAAUUACCGUGCAAUACGCGGCCAGGAGGACGACUUUCGUUUUCUCAUAGACGUGUGUGAUUUUACUCAUUAUAUUAUACAUACUCUGUGAAUGCGUAUGCGUGUGAGUGCGCGUGUAUCCGUUUGUGUGAAUGUAAAUGUGAACUUUGUACUAUACCUCUGACCGGUGUCGCGACGCGACACUCGUAUCCAUAUAGUCUGAUUGAAGAUAUUGUAUAAAUGCUGUGCGAGGCGAGCGCAUGCUAUGCGUUGUAUCAUAUAAGACAGAGAGAAAAAUCAGUGAACAUAAUAACCUCGAAUAGCUCUGCUGAAUUGUUUGCCCGCGAGAUUAUGAGAUGUGUUUCGUCCACGUUAUAAGACGUAGUAUAAAUAUACGAUGAUGAUCUAUAUAUGAUAUCGGCGCUCGUCAGAGUGCGCGAUUCGUUGUGUUAUGUGCAAAUUUUGUUCGUUUAUAUAAAUACAAAUAAGACGAGGGUUAAAAGAGGAAAAAAGAAAAGGGGAGAAUGAGCGCGGAGCAUUGUGAUAACGUCAAUCGUCUCUGUAUCAAAAGAAUAACAUUAUACGAAAAGCAAAAAAACAAAGCACACUGUCUACUUAAACUCAUUGAAUAAGCAUCAAGAAGCAACUCUUAGCAUCGUCGCACACUGUAAAUAUACGUAGCACCUAAUCGAUGUGUACCGCGUAACGAUUGUUAACAAACGUAUAUAUGAAAAAGAAAAGAAACUAAAGGCACGCACAGCGCGGCGGCGAUCACGUAAAAAAUAAAUAAGUAUUUGGGAGAUCGCGACCAGUGAAUCAAAGCGGCGGACGCGCCGCGCGCUCUAGAUUGAUUUUAUUUAUUGUUCCAUUAUCGGAAACGCCUCUAUCUCUCUACCUAUCUUUCUCUCUACACAAAGUUAGUCGAAAUGAGAAUUGUCUGGCUAAUCGAAGAAUCAAAAAGAGGAGGGCUAUCGUCGCAAUCUAGCUCGCUUAAUUUCGUAAAGUGCGCGCGAUUCACGCCUAGUAUUAUUAAAUUUAUUUAUUGAAAGCGCGAACCCAUUUGACAUAGACCCGAUGGCUCGAGAAUCCAGAACUUCUCUCGCUGCUCGAUUAAUUUUGAUCAGUGCGCUGAAAAUACUCAACACGGAGUCCAGUGUUGCGGCCAGUAGUAGCAGGCGACUGCAGCCGCGCGCGGAACUUACUCCACUUUUUUCUAUUAGGAUUAUUGCAUCACACGAAAAAGGCCCUUCGAGCGUCGCGGCGGACGGCUUUCUAUCAUAUAAUAUUGUAAAUAACUCUACUGCGUUUAAUUUUUAUCGUACCCGCAUUCACACCAGAAGAAAUAAUCAUCGCACUCUUAUCGCAGUUAAUCUCAAAUGCGCGCGGAUUACACCGCCGAAGAGAGCUAUACACGACGUCGAGCGAGUGCUAAUAAUAAGUGUGUGUGUCUGUAAGGGGUGAAUUGGAAGUCGCGAUCGAUUUCACAACUAUUAAGCGUUAAGCAACGCGCGAUAUCUACAAUUGUAAUUAUGUAUAAAUGAAACGCUACGAUGUAUUAUAUAUUAUAGAUCGAUUAUAAAAUGAACAUUCAUCAUUAUGAAAAAAAAUAAAAAUACCUAUGAAAAUUAAA